GCGGGCGGGAGCCCGCGCCCCGGGGACACCCCGCGGCGCCGCGCGGCGGGCAGGGCCAGGGCAUCCCGGGGGCACGGCCCCGUCGGUCACCGAGGUGAGGAGGAUGUGUCGGGCAGGCCGUGGCUGCGGGGGGUUCAGAGGGCGCCUCUGGGGCUUAUUAACCAAAAAAACCCAAGUAAAAACCCCGUGUCGUCGGCUGCCUCCAGCCGGUCACGCGUGGCUCGGACUGAAAACGUUCACCUUCCGGCUGCGGGGGAGAGCGGCGCGUCGGGAGAAAAGCGAAGCCUGGUCGGUCCUCACCCCCCCGGCAAGAAGCGCAGCGGGGACGGGGAGAGAAUGGGCCGCGGAGCUUGGCAGCGGCGGGCGGGGCGGCGGCCUGAGGGGCUUAUCGGAAAUAAUCCCGCUAGUCAGGGGUGCGGGAUGGACCCGGGGCGGACCUGGAGUCGCGGCGCUGGUAGCUGGGAUCUCCAGCUGUCUCCUGCGCCUAAUUGUUAAUUUCCUUUCCCCCUCAAGAAUGACGCCGGGACAGCGCAACAGCUGCAGAACGAGAAACUUUAAGGCUGACCUCAGCCUUUGCUCAGGCAGCCUUUGCUGCGGAAAUAUGGAAGAGCAAUUUCCUGAGACAAGACUAAAACUAAGAACUAAAAGACUCAGAACUGGGCAUGCAUACAAUUUGAGCGUACAAUGUAUACUCUACUUUCUUCAGUUCACAGACAUCCUGAGUCACAGGCUAUUUAAUUGUGUUUAAUAGUGCUAAAUUGUUCUUACAUCCCCUCAUUCAUUUGCUUUUUAAGCUCAUUAAGUGUUGGCAUCAGUGAUCUGCAGCUGCAAUUUCUGAUUCAUGCACAGUGUGAAAAAUUGUCCCCUUUUGAUUGUCAUAAACUUGUUACCUAGUAAUUUUGUUUGAUGCCCACAAGUUCUCAUACAUGAGAAAUAAUGAGGCCUAUUCACCAUUUAUGCUUAUACUUACUUAUGGGCUAUCUAAUCCCCGCCAGACAGAGUAAUAUUCUUCUGUCUCAAGACGGCACAAGUGAAUAUUCAUUUAUUUAGUCUCCCUUCAUAUGCU